GGACGCUGUUGUAGAAACAGCCUUUGGUGGAUCUCCUGGGAGCUUCUCUGAGCGCCUUAUUUCACAGACUUUAAAUAUCAUGGAGACAGACAAAUCUAAGAUCCCCGUUUACAUUCCCCAACAGUCCAAAACAACUGGUGUUUUGAAAGAAGUGCAGCCCUGUGAUUAUUCAAAGCAGCACAACCAGAACAAAGGGAUGGACUCACAGCCCCUGAAAGAUCCUGUUUUUACUUUUAGUGCCAACAAUCCUACUUCAUGUGUUGCCCUCAAAGGCCCAAAUCAAAGACUCCCGAAAUCAUGGAAAAAAGGUGCAUUGCCACCCCCUCCCAAGAAAGCAAUGCCAACAACUAUACGAUCCCCUAUGAACAGAUACAGACGGGAGACAGAACUCAAAAACCAAAACAGGUUGCUGGAGAAUGCCAAGAGUGAACUGAGUUUAAAAGUGGUGGAAAUGCAGAAGGAUAUGACAGAUAUGAAGAAUCUGUGCGAUAGUCUUCAAAAAGAAAAUGAGAAGCUGAAAAAAUUUCAGGAAAGCUGCCUCUUGAUAUUAGAAACCAAGAAUUGGGACCAAGUUACAGGUGAACAAAUUUUGGAGGAGGAAGAAACAAACAAGAAGAUAGAAACUGAGAUAACGGUUUUAUCAGACAAACUUAAUGCUGAUCUUGCAUUGUUCAUCCAAACAGCUAAAGAGGAAAAAGAAAAUAUACAGAAUGCUCAGACCAGAUGGAAGCAGAUAGAGGAGGAGAGUACCCAUUUCUUAGAGGAGCAACAGUCUUUUCAAAGAGAAAUGGAAGAGUUGUGUGCUGCCUUAAACCAGGAAGUUGACUUCUUACACACAUCAGAGACCUAGGUUAAGAUUUAUUAACUUUACCAUGGACCAUAAACAAUAAUUUAUAUUCUCCUAUUUAUCGGGGUUAAAGAGUUUUAUAUAUGUCAUGUACAGGCUCUUCCAUCAGUCCUAGCUAAUAUGAAUGAUGACAAAAGAUUGUGGAAGUUGUUUCCAAAAUAGGAGGAGCAAUGUAUAUUAUAAAAUCUUUAAACUGUUCCAUUGGCAGGCGAUUUUCAUGUAUCAAUGGGCAGCAAACAAGGGGUAUUAAUUAAAAUCAAUUAAAUUCUGUGUAGUUCUAUAAUUUGGCUCAAUAGAUAAUGCAUUUAUGCUAUUUAGUUGACAUUUUGAGUAAGUUCUUGAUGUUA